AUGAAUUACCUCGGCCGCGGGUCACCACGGAGCCCGGAUCGUAACGGCCGGGGCGGUGGCGCUUGGGAGUUGGGCUCGGAUGCGGAGCCGGCGUUCGGCGGCAGCGUAUGCUGCUUCGAGCACCUGCCUGGCGGGGAUCCCGGGGACGGCGAGGUGCCCCUGGCCCUGCUGCGCGCUGACCCCGGGCUGCACUUGGCGUCGGGCGCAGAGGACCACAACCACCACCUGGCGCUAGAUCCCUGCCUCAGUGACGAGAACUAUGACUUCAGCUCAGCUGAGUCGGGCUCCUCGCUGCGCUACUACAGUGAGGGCGACAGCGGCGGCGGUGGCAGCUCCUCGUCACUGCACCCGCCGCAGCAGCCACCGCUGGUCCCGUCGAACUCCGGGGGUGGCAGGGCGGCGGGAGGGGGACCCGGGGAAAGGAAGCGCGCCCGGCCCGGCGGCCCGGCCGCCCGGCAUCGCUACGAGGUUGUAACGGAGCUGGGACCGGAGGAGGUGCGCUGGUUCUACAAGGAGGACAAGAAGACUUGGAAACCCUUCAUCGGCUACGACUCGCUCCGCAUUGAGCUCGCCUUCCGGACCCUGCUGCAGGCCACGGGCGCCCGGCCCCAGGCCGAGGACCCGGACGGCGACCAUGUGUGCGGCCGCGCUUCCCUCGCAGGCCCAGCCUCCAACUUCGGGGAGGACGACGACGAGGACCGCGCUUGCGGAUUCUGCCCGCGCUCUACGAGGCACGAGCCGGUGAUGGAGGAGGUGGUGACCAUCGAGCCCGUGUGCGUGCGAGGCGGACUUUACGAGGUGGAUGUGACCCAAGGAGAGUGCUACCCGGUGUACUGGAACCAGGCUGAUAAAAUACCAGUAAUGCGUGGACAGUGGUUUAUUGAUGGUACUUGGCAACCUCUAGAAGAAGAAGAAAGUAAUUUAAUUGAGCAAGAACAUCUCAGUUGUUUUAGGGGUCAACAGAUGCAGGAAAAUUUUGAUAUUGAAGUGUCAAAACCCAUAGAUGGAAAAGAGGGCAGUGGGAUCAACUAUUCUGCUAUUCAUAGUUUCAAGUUGAGUCGAAACCAUGUGGACUGGCACAGUGUUGAUGAAGUAUACCUUUAUAGUGAUGCAACAACAUCUAAAAUUGCAAGAACAGUUACUCAAAAACUGGGGUUUUCUAAAGCAUCAAGUAGUGGGACCAGACUUCAUAGAGGUUAUGUAGAAGAAGCCACAUUAGAAGACAAGCCAUCUCAAACUACCCAUAUUGUGUUUGUUGUGCAUGGCAUUGGGCAGAAAAUGGACCAAGGAAGAAUUAUUAAAAAUACAGCCAUGAUGAGAGAGGCUGCAAGGAAGAUAGAAGAAAAGCAUUUCUCCAAGCAUGCAACACAUGUUGAAUUCUUACCUGUUGAGUGGCGGUCAAAACUGACUCUUGAUGGAGACACUGUUGAUUCUAUUACUCCUGACAAAGUACGAGGUUUAAGGGAUAUGUUGAACAGCAGUGCAAUGGACAUAAUGUAUUACACUAGCCCACUUUAUAGGGAUGAACUAGUUAAAGGCCUUCAGCAAGAAUUGAAUCGAUUAUACUCCCUUUUCUGUUCUCGGAAUCCAGACUUUGAAGAAAAAGGGGGUAAAGUUUCAAUAGUGUCACAUUCUUUGGGUUGUGUAAUCACUUACGAUAUAAUGACUGGCUGGAAUCCAGUUCGGCUCUAUGAACAGUUGCUGCAGAAGGAAGAAGAAUUGCUUGAUGAACAGUGGAUGAGCUAUGAAAAACGACAUCUUCUUGAUGAACUCUAUAUAACAAAACAACGGCUGAGGGAGAUAGAAGAACGACUGCAUGGAUUGAAGGCAUCAUCUAUGACACAAACACCUGCCUUAAGAUUUAAGGUUGAGAAUUUCUUCUGUAUGGGAUCUCCACUAGCAGUUUUUUUGGCAUUGCGUGGCAUCCGCCCCGGAAACACUGGAAGUCAAGACCAUAUUUUGCCAAGAGAGAUCUGUAAUCGGUUAUUAAAUAUUUUUCAUCCAACAGAUCCAGUGGCUUAUAGGUUAGAACCAUUAAUACUGAAACACUACAGUAACAUUUCACCUGUCCAGAUCCACUGGUAUAAUACUUCAAAUCCUCUGCCAUAUGAGUAUAUGAAGCCAAGUUUUCUCAACCCAGCAAAAGAACCUACCUCAGUUUCAGAGAAUGAAGGUGUUCCAAGCAUACCCAGCCCAGUGACUUCACCAGUCUUGUCCCGCCGACACUACGGGGAAUCUAUAACAAAUAUAGGGAAAGCGAGCAUAUUAGGGGCUGCUAGCAUUGGAAAGGGACUUGGAGGAAUGUUGUUCUCGAGAUUUGGACGUUCAUCUACACAGCCAUCUGAGACAUCAAAAGACUCAAUGGAAGACGAGAAGAAGCCAGUUGCCUCACCUCCUACCACCACAGUGGCAACCCAGACCCUUCCACACAGCAGCUCUGGCUUUCUUGAUUCUGCAUUGGAACUGGAUCACAGGAUUGAUUUUGAACUCAGAGAAGGCCUUGUGGAGAGCCGCUAUUGGUCAGCUGUCACAUCGCACACUGCCUAUUGGUCAUCCUUGGAUGUUGCCCUCUUUCUUUUAACCUUCAUGUACAAACAUGAGCACGAUAAUGAUGCAAAGCCCCAUUUAGAGCCAAUCUGAACUCUUCAAGGACAUUAAUGGUCCCAAAUUGAUUUUUUUUUUUUUUUUUUCCUGUUAAAAUGUGUAUGUGAAGACAUGGAGAUUUCAGGUUUAAGUAUGUUUCAGUCUUGUUUAGGGCAAGAAAUAUUUGAACUUAAAAGCACCUUAUUUUAUUUAAAGAAAAAAAUUUUUUUCAGGCGUAAGGGAGUUAUUUAUGGUCUUAAUCAUUUUGAUCGUGAAUCUAACAGAACCUCUGCGAGCAUGAAGCCAGACCUGGAAGUAAGGAAAGUUGGGGUGAACUGCAUGGAAAGGGUAUAGAUCACGAUCUCAUUUCUUCCAAAUAGAAAAAUAGCCCAAUAGAUUGGAGCUCAUGUAUUAACCAAAAUGUUAUCAAACUGAAAUAGUCAGGGUCCAG